CUAAAAUUAGAAUCCCCACUCCGAUUUGCGGAGCAAACAAGAGAGGAAGGGCGAAAAGUGCAGGAAUCAAAUUAGAGCAACGGGGCCGCCAUGAGCUCCGCCACCUUGGGGAUGGCAGUUGCCUCGCCAGCGGCAUCGAGGGAUGCCGAUCUUGGAAGCGGACUUGGAAUGCGUCGGUCGCGGUCGGAGCCAUUGCUGCGGUGCUCUUUCAGGGUCUCUCAUCCGACGGCUUCGCCUCGGUUGAAGACGAGCCGAUCGAUUGGAGCCUUUCCGUUAGGUAUCUCAGGAUCAAUCCUCCCCAGCUCGAUCCGGUCGCUGAUCUUCGAGCCUGAGGUUGUCGGCCUCUCGGACGCAGAGGAGAGUGAGGAGGAAAUUGGUGCUGCUGCUUUUACUGGUGGUUUCCAGGAAGAGAAUAUCUCGAAGAAGAGGGCUAAUUGGGUGCAGAGGAUAUGCGAGAUUCGGAGUCGAUGGAAGAGUCUCCAGGCCAAGGAUGGGAGCGAUGAGACCGAUCAAUCCGUAAAAUGGGAGGAAGAAGAUAAUGCAUGCGGAGUGAGCUAUGAAUCGGAGGAGAAAGUGGAAUGGAGUCGGGAGGAGUUCGCGAGUUUGUUGAACAGGGUAUCGUGGAAGGAGACUAAGCUCUUCAGCCAGCUGGCUUUCCUAUGCAGCAUCGCUUACGACAUUCCAGAUAUCAAUGCCGAUGAAUUGAGGAGUUACUACGGAUUCUGGCUAGUGACGUCUUCGCUGGAUAAGAAGCAGGAGGCUGCUAUCAAGGCGAGGCAAGAUACUGACUCCACCCGCACGGCUCGGCCGGAGCGCGUGGCAGCAUCACCAAGCCAGUCAGCCCGCUCGCCCUCCGUCGCAUACGAGAUCGCCGCAACCGCGGCUUCCUACAUCCAUGACAAAGCCAAGAGUCUCCUCUACCUCGGAGCACAAGUCACCGAUGGGACUGAUCACUAUGCAGCUAAUUAUGAUCAAGGUCGUAAAGGCAGGACAUACAUGUCUAAAGUGGCGACCUAUGUGGCGGCGUCGUCGGUGACGGCGGUAGUGGCUGCUGAGGAGAUGGCCAGGCUGGAGGCAGCCAGGGAACUUCAAUCUCUACAUUCUUCCCCUUGCGAGUGGUUCGUGUGCGACGAGCCGAGCACACGCACUCGCUGCUUCGUCAUCCAGGGCUCCGAUUCUCUGGCAUCCUGGCAAGCUAAUCUCUUCUUCGAGCCAACAAAAUUCGAAGGAACCGAGGCUCUAGUCCACCGAGGCAUAUACGAAGCAGCCAAGGGCAUAUAUCACCAAUUCAUGCCAGAGAUCAACUCCCACAUCGUUGCCCACGGCGGAGCCGCUCGAUUCCGCUUCACCGGCCACUCCCUAGGAGGAAGCCUCUCGCUUCUCAUCAGCCUCAUGCUCCUCUCACGCAACGCCAUCCCGCUUUCGUCACUUCUCCCCGUCGUUACCUUCGGCUCCCCCGCCGUCUUCUGCGCCGGACACCGCGUCCUCGAAGCCCUCUCCCUCGACGAAACCUACAUCCGCACCGUCAUGAUGCACCGCGACAUCGUACCCCGCGCCUUCUCCUGUGAUUAUCCCAACCACGUCGCCAAACUUCUGAAGCGCCUCAACGGCUCCUUCCGUUCGCACACUUGCCUCAACACCGAGCAUCUGCUCUAUUUCCCGGUUGGAAAGCAAUACAUCCUCCAGCCCGAAGAGAAGACCUCGAUGCCUCACCCUUUGCUUCCAUCCGGCGCCGCACUGUACGCGUUGUUGGAUGGCGAUGUUGGCCGUGCCGCGCUACGCAAGUUUUUGAACACACCGCACCCGCUGGAAACGUUGAGCCGUCCGACGGCGUAUGGGUCGGAGGGAGCAAUUUUGCGUGACCAUGACUCCAACAAUUAUCUCAUGGCCGUCAACGCGCUCCUACAGCAGCACACACGGGCGCUCGUAAAGCGAUCGAGGCGGCGGAGGAUGAACCAUUGGUGGCCCCCCCUUGUUACCGCUUCGACUGAGGCGCAGCUGCCCGUUCACACAUGGGCAAAACAUCAUAUCGAAAGCGCUACUAAGGAGGUUGCAUCCGGUGCUUGAGGCCGCCCGGGGUGCGUACGUGCUAUCAUUAUAUGAGCUCAACUUUGGCAUAUGGGUUAGCUUUGUAAUGCCUGACUCUGUUAACUGGCCUUUGAUUGGAACGCAUUGACAGAGAGCAAACCACACAGGGGAAAAAUCUCUCUUUUGACUUUUGAGCAAUUCUGCAUGCGCACUCUAAGAAAAAAAAAAAUCAAGUCAUCACUACUUGCUUCCUCUUGGCUCUUGGCUGUGAUGAUCUUUGUUUUAGUUCAUUUUAUGUGUGCGGCUUUGCAGCUUGGAUGCAUAUAUCUUAACUGUUUGUUUUCAUCUAAGAAGAGGGAAAGAACUGUAAUUUCUGAAGUAUUCGUAAUAAAUAAGCAUAUAAUGUCCUAUUAUAUAUAAAUUCUGUGUGCUUCAGAUUGAAAUAUCAUAUGGAUCGAACAAAUCUGAUGAUCCCAAUACUAUUUAAUUUUUAGUUCAUUUUAAGGUUAACUCAAAUGGAUAUAUAAGAGUUUACUGAUUUUUGACAAAGAUAAUCAAAAUGAUUGUCAAAUAUUAUUCGUAUUAUAUCUGUUCGAUUCUUUUAUGCAUAAAUCAUUUUCAGAAAAGUUUAUGUAAAAAUUAUUUGCAUAACAUCUCAAACAUGUGUAAUUAGUAAUUAUGCUCCACUAUCUUUGACCUAUAACUACCACAUGUACUACUCUCCCAUACACCGUUUAUUCUCGUCUAUUCUCUUCACCGUAGGAUUAUUCUCAUCUUUAUAUUGUAUAAGCAUAUGAGGAGGAAUAUAAGACUUAUGCUUUAUCCAUGGCUAUGUGUUUCUCUUUGCCUUUUUCUUUUUCCUGUGUGCAGGUUACAAGCGUCUUUAUGGUAUCAGAGCUCCAGGACGUAAGCCGUGCCGGAGUCGAUUUCAAUAGCUGGCAACGAAUCAUCUUCUACCUCCUCUGCCCUACCACAGACAGUGGUCACAAAUGUUCCCAUCCUGACACAAUUAAAGUUUUUACUGGCGAAUGUCAAGACCGUCCUCAACACUCAACUGGUCGCUGACAACUACCCUCUCCGGCGCUCAUAGAUCUAUAAGUUAUUUAUGGCAAACGGUGUCAACAGAUAUCUGGAUGGCUCCAUACCUAAACCGCAGUGACAUAUCCAAGGAUCAGAUAAUACUCUAAUCCCUAAUCAAGCUUAGACUACCUGGAUGAUGGUGGAUCAAAACCUAUAGUUUACACUCUUCUCUACAACCUCGCCUUCGAUUAUACCAUAUGUGCUCAACCUAGAAGCUUGCAAGGACAUCUGGCUCACAUUAGAUAGGCGACUUCAGUCUACAAAUCAAUCACGCAUUCAGCAGAUCAAAAAUGAACUACACCAGCUACAUAUGAUAGAUCGUAACAUAAUGUAGUAUUUAACAGAAGUAAAGCAGAAGGUUGAUGCCAUUCAAGCGGGGACAUAAUAUUAUACACGCUUAAUGGUUUACCUCAGGUAUACAAUGCUUUUAAAACAA